AACUGUUCCGUUGAAUUGUUCUGUCAUGGAAGGAGAAUCUGAAAACCCAACGUUGUCUCCAAAACAACAUGACCAAUUGACUAAGUUUCGGGAGAAGGUAUCAGAUGUUCUUCAGCCGUACCACAAUGAUUAUUGGCUUCUGAGAUUCCUUAAAGCUAGAAAUUUCAACCUGAAAAAAUCAGAGAGCAUGUUUAGAAAGAAUGUUAUAUGGAGAGAGGAGAAUAAGGUCAGCCAAGUAUGUGAUGGAUAUAUAGAACCAGAGGUCUUACAAAAAUAUAAAUCUGGGGGUAAGCUUGGUUAUGCUAAAGAUGGUCGUCCAGUGUUUCUUGAUCCCACAGGGAAUUUAGACUUCAAAGGAUUACUUCAUUCUGUCACAGUAUCUGAUGCAACCAAGCUCUACAUUAAAACCUUGGAAUCACUACAGAGAGAUGUGAUCUCACAAACAGAAAAGCUAAAGAGACAAAUAGAUGGCAUCUACUAUAUAGUAGAUCUAGAGAACCUUGGUCGUCAUCAUCUAUGGAAACCUGGUGUACAAUUCUUUACUGAUGUGACCCAGCUUUGUGAACAGCAGUAUCCUGAGCUUCUCCAUAAGGUGGUUGUUGUGAGAGCCCCAAGAAUAUUUCCUCUUGCCUAUUCUAUUGUUAAACCAUUCCUGAGUGAACAGACAAGGAAGAAGAUUGUGGUCUACAAAGAUGAUUUUGAGAAUGCAUUACUGGAUAUCAUUGAUGGUGAUAUUCUUCCUAAGUACUGGGGUGGAAAUAUGGUAGAGGAUGGAGACCCAAUGUGUCCCAAAACGGUAUGUUUGGCAGGCAAAGUACCUAAGGAGUGGUAUAUGACGGGUCGCGACCUCUCUGUCGAAGCUUCCCAGAUGACGACUAAGGAGAUUGCCAGGGGAGGAACACUACAACUCACCUACAAUACAUCACAGUGCAAUAGUGUUCUCAGGUAUGAGUUUAGAACACAAGAACAUGAUCUUGGAUUUGGAGUAAAGAGACUACAUGAUGAUGAUACCAAGACACCUGUAGUUAAAACAGAACGUCACAACUGCCAUCUUGUGCCAGAAACUGGCCAGCUCAUACUAGAAGACCCAGGAACUUAUAUUGUGAAGUUUGAUAAUAGUUUCAGCUGGGCUCGGAGUAAGAAACUCUUUUACUGGAUAGAACUUUUAGAGCCUGAUAUACAGAAUGAUGACCAACACGAUGACGAUGGCAAUGAUGACCAGGAAGAUGAUUUUGUGCAAGCAAUAGAUGGCUGAAAACUGCAAUGAUCACUAGUACUUUCAUAGUGACUUUUCAGGAGGUAUUUUAUGUGCUGAAAUCUUACAGUCGUAUUAUUUAUUUGUGGAUUUUGCAACUGAAUAACUGCAGAAUUGUUCAUUUUCUCCUUUCCUCAUGUAUUAUUUAUGCUAUUAGUAUAAACUAUAAGAUAUUCAUUAUAUGUGCGAAUGAUUCAUUAUGUGUGUGAGUGAUUAGGUAUAUGUAUGUACAUAUAUAAUUUUGAUUGUUUGGGAUCAUAUUAAGAGAAAGCCAAGUGAAUACUAUGAAUGUGUGUGAAUUAUUAAGUACAUGUUCAAUAAGAUUCAUACCCCGUCCUAUAUGCACUAUGCUAUCUAUGAGGAUAUCUUUAUUUUCUUAUGAUAUGACCAACAUAAUUCAGAGUGUUUAACACUCGUAUACAAAAAUUUAUCAUUUGUAUAGAUGAAAAAAAAUGAAGAAAGUUAAAUGAAUUAUAUUAAAUGGUCUCUCUUGAUCAGUAAAUUGAUGAGAAUAAUAUUUUUGAUAGGUCUUAAUACAAAUGAAUUCCACAUAUGAUGCAUGAAGAAGGCUAUGUAAUAGCAUACCAAUGGCAAAUGAAACACAAAGUGAUAAUGUUUUGCUGUUUGAGUUAAUCAAAAUGUGUAUUGAUUCUAUUUGCUUUACCAAGUGAUUGUAACUUGUGCCAUGAAUACUAAUACUACAUUAAUCAGUACAGCAAAGAGCACUUGUCCAAAGAGGUUAGUCGUUGGAAAGCAGCAUUUAUUCAACCAUAUUCAUGCAUAUGUGCAAUAUUCUUAAAUCAAAUCUGCAGUGCAGUAGA